CUGACUCUAAUGCCGGUCGCAAUUAUUUGCCUCCUCUUUGUAAGUGCAUGUCCGCUCAGCCAGCCCCUUUGCGGCUAAUGCAUUCAAUAUUUGCUUAAUGCAAACAUUCCAGUCGCAUCCCAUUAAUUCUAUCUUACCCAAAAGUGUAAUAAAUCUCUUACAUCUGACACAUGAGGUACUAUUUUAGAAAUUCUAGGACUUUCAGUGAGGGUGUGGAAGGAAAGGGGGCUGACCUCAAGGUUAAGGCUGUGUCAGUAUGGGCGUCAUUUGAAACCAUUCGCCUUUUAGGGAACUAUAAUUAAUAUUCGACACACCGAAUGGAAAUUGACAUCGUGUGGAAAAGUCCGACAAAAUCGACUGACCUGCCCCCAAACCAGGUACUUACCAACCUAGGUAAGUACCUACUAAGUGACAACCAGGAUAAUUCAUAAACCCGUCCAAUCUCCUGGGUGAAGAUGGGUACUACGAGUCAUUACGAACUCUUCCGUUUUAUACCAAUCUUCACCUUUUUGUUUGGAUUGUUGCAGUUAUAACUCGCCAGUCAUUAUAUGACCUUUCCCCACAUUGAUUCUAAUGGCGAUAACUACCAAGGCGACUGCAUGCAGAGUAAUGGACACGACGGGCUUCGAUAUCCAUAUAUUUAUUCCCUCUAAAUAUAUCCCCAACCCCGGAGAACUGAACGAUAUAUUGACCAGCGAUGUCGGGAAGGGGGAGUUUGAACUAGAAAUGCGUCAUAAUGUAUAUAACAUCAAGUCUAAAGCAAAGUUAACCCACGGCACAAUACAAAAGAUCCGCGGACUAUCCAACGCCACGAGUAAUUUAUCAUCGAAACGGCCAGCUACUUUAUGAGGUGGAUCCAUAUCGUUUUGAAUGAUUCGAAUAUCCUAAAAAAUUCGCCGGCUGACGAGUUAGGAUGCAAAUAGUCAAGGACAAGUAGGGAAUUGAAGAAAAAGAGCUAUUGAUUGGCGUGGAAUAGCUCCUUAAGAAUCUUUAGAACGUAUCGCAUUAUCCCUUUCUUGAAGCAUUCGUACCUAUCUAUGGUGUUGGGCAAUGGAGGCAUUAUAAUAAAUGUACCAAUAUCUAUUUCGACAAUAACAUCGUUGCCAACCGUUUCGCAAUCAUCCAACACUAAACUAUACCCUGAGUUUAAAAGGUGUCAUAAGAAGAGCUUCUAUAAGCUAAACCUUGAUA